UGAAGAAAGGUUUGUGAACCAAAUCGAUCGAAAUUUUCAUUGUCAUAUUUGCUUCAACGUCUUGAAAGAGCCGGUUAUGUGUUCGAGAAACCAGCAUUCGUUUUGCCGUUGUUGUAUUACGAAACAUCUGGAAAAUUCUCAAACAUGUCCAACGUGUGCUGAUGAACUAACCGUAGAGACUUUGAUUGAACCACCACGAAUGGUAAAAGAUUUUUUAAAUGAAUCAAAAAUUCGUUGCGUUUACAUCGACAGAGGUUGUCAAGAAGUUGUAGAAUUGCAGCAUCUUGACCGUCAUGAAGAUACAUGUGGAUAUACACCAGCCGUUUGUACAAACCAAGGCUGUGGUUUAAUUGUCAACAAGCGUGAUCUUAUUCACCAUGAAAGUGAAGUCUGUGAAUUCCGAAAGUUGAAGUGUCACUCGUGCGGAGAAAUGACGAAAACUUUGGCAGAUAUGGAGGAAAGAAUCGCGAAUAUCGAGAAGAAUAUCGAGAAGUUUAAUACAACAGUUGAAAUUAAAAUAACAAAUUUAGACAGAAAAAUAGACAAAAACACGGCAGAUAUAAAAGCAGAUAUAGAAGGAAAACACGAAGCGGUUAACAACAAAGUCGAUGGAUUGAAAACAGCUUUGGUCAGAGCUUUUGAUGAAAUUAAGGACGUUCUUAUCACGAUGGAGGGCAAGAUAGAAGAAAACACAAGAAAAGUAAGAAAUAGACCAAGUGGUGAUAAGGAAAAUAUAAUCGUUGCUGGAGGUGAUUGGACUAACUCUGUAGAGAUGUUUAACUGGCGUCAAAGAACAUGGUCGCCAUUACAAUCAAUGCCAGAGAAUCGUUGGGCAGCAACUUCAUUUAUUUAUAACAAUCAUAUGACUAUAGCUGGGGGUGAAUGUCGUUGGUCUGGCAUUGUUGAUGAUAUGAUUAGAAUGAAUAUUGACCCAAACCCUGAUCUCUCAACACACUGGAGUGACUGUCCUGUUAAACUACCUGAUAAGUUGAAAUACCACAGCAGUGUGCUGUAUAAUGAUCAGUUGAUAGUCUCUGGAGGUUAUAAAGGAAAUGGUUCAUCUGAUUUGAUCAGAUCACUCCAGCUUGUUCCUCCCUAUACUGUGAUGACCUUAUCAAGAAUGCCAGAACGAAGACAAAAUCACAGCAUGGAAAUAUUUGAUGAUCAUUUGUUGAUGGUUGGUGGAAGUACAACUGGCUAUAACAAAGACAACCUCAGCAGUGUUGUACUGUACGAUAUAAAGAAGAAUGAGCUGAAACAGUUGUCACCACUGCCGUAUGAAGUGAGUGCUAUGGCAACUGUGAGAUGGGGAGACAACAUUGUUGUUAUUGGUGGCAUUGACAAACAUGGCAAGUUAUUAGAUAAAGUUAUCAUUUACAAUGUCAAGACAAAACAAAGUCACAUGCUGCCAUCAAUGAGAUGUAAGAGGAGGGGAUGUACUGCAGUUUUUAUUGAAAACAACAUUGUAGUCCUGGGAGGGGAGAGUGAGCAAGCACUGCUAACGUCAGUUGAAGGUUUCAACUUUGAAAGGUAUUCUUGGGAAGAACUUCCAGAAAUGUCUGAAGCAAGAUACUUGCACACUGCUGUUGUUGCGUGAACAAUAUGUAAGGUAUUAAGUGAAAACUCCUAACACAUUAUGAACAAUUAAAAUUAACUAUAAGAU